CCCUACUUCUCAAAAAUAUCUCAGAACUAGGGUUUUACUGAGCCCAGUUCUUAAUACUUUUGUUUCGCAAACUAAGCAAAAGGUAGAAGAGAAGGCCGUUUGAAUCUUCGUCUCUCUACUAUGGGGAAGUCUAGCAAGAAAUCAAACACGAAGGUCGAGGCGGCUCCUGCUGUUGUUGCUCCUACUCCAAAGUCUGGAAAGAAAGGUAAAAGAACUGCUGGAGAGGAUAUAGAGAAGCUAGUGAGUGCAAAGAAGCAGAAAGUAAGCGAGCAGCAGGCUCUUCAGGAGAAGAAGAAGAUUGAAGUGAAGACUCAGAAGAAGAAGAAACAUGAAUCCAGUAGUUCUGAUGAGUCUUCUUCCUCGGAGUCUGAGGAUGAAAAGAAGGCUUCCAAAGUGGUUUCUUCUAAGAAGCAAAUAGUGGAUCCUAAAAAUGCCUCUGUUGCCCCUGCAAAGAAAGUAAAGCCUGCAAGCAGUUCAGAAACUUCAGAUAGUGAUUCUGAUGAGGAUGAGGGCCCCAAGUUAACAGUGAAAUCUAAUAAUUUGCAACCAGCUGUAGCCAAGAAUGGCUCAUCUGCUGCUCAAAAGAAGAAAGUUGAGUCAAGUGAUGACUCUGAAACUGAUACCUCAGAUGAGGAGUCUGAUGACGAUGAAGAGCGCAAAUCAAAGGUAACAACAGGAUCCAAAACACUGUCAGCACCAGCACCCAAUAAUGGUCAAGCAACUACUAUGAAAAAGAAAGCUGAACCGAGUGAUAGCUCUGAUUCGAGUGAUGACAGUAGCAGUGAUGAUGAGGAGAAGACAACUAAGGCGACUGAGCAAUUGAAGAAGUUGCCUACACCCACCUUGAAGAAAACCACAGUUGUCGCCUCAAAGGAGGAGGAAUCCAGUGAGAGUUCUGACGAAGAAGAUUCAGACUCGGAUUCAGAGGAUCAGGAAGAUGUCAAGAAAGCCUCUGAUGCCACUAAGAAAUCAGCACCAGGGGCAAUGCCCAAGAAAAAGGAAUCUGAUAGUUCUUCUGAGAGUGAAUCUUCGGACGAGAGCGAUUCAGAUGAUGAUGCCAAGGUUGCCAAGGUUGCCCCAUCUAAGAAGACAUUACCGGCAAAUGAAACAAAGAAAUCUACAAAGGAAAAGAUGGAAAUUGAUGAAGAUGACUCUGAAGAAACCGAGGAGGAUGAAAGUGAAGAGGAAGAACAAGCUCCCAAGACACCAAAGAAAAAAGUCACUGAUGUUGAAAUGGUAGAUGGUGAAGCACCAGCAUCUGCCAAAACACAUUUUGAUACAGCCUCCCAGAAGAAAGAUUCCAAAUCCCCUAUUACUCCACGUACGCAAUCCACAGGAUCAAAGACAUUGUUUGUGGGCAAUCUGGAUUAUAAUAUUUCUGUGGCUGAUGCGGAAACUUUCUUCAGAAAUAAAGUUGCUGAUGAACUUGUUGAGGUUCGUCUAGCGGUGGAUCAAGAAGGGAAAUUUAGAGGUUUUGGGCAUGCCGAGUUUGCCACAGUAGAAGCAGCCCAAAAGGCUCUUGAAUUGCAAGAUCAAAUGUUGGGUAGGCGUCCUGUUCACCUCGAUAUGGCUCGUGAAAGGGGUGCUUAUACUCCGCACAGCGGCAAAGAGAAUGGUUCUUUCCAGAAGGGAGGAAGAGGUGAGUCUCAAACUCUAUUUAUCAAGGGUUUUGAUAAUUCACUUGGGGAAGAUAAGGUUAGAAGUUCACUUGAAGAGCAUUUUGGUUCUUGUGGAGAGAUUAAAAGGAUAUCCCUCCCAAAAGAAUAUGGGACUGAUACAUUGAAGGGGAUGGCUUAUCUUGAGUUCAAUGAUGGCCAUUCUUUCAACAAAGGUCUAGAACUGAAUGGAACUGAAGUUGGUGGUAAUUACUUAACUGUGGAGGAGGCAAAGCCACGGAAUGAUAAUCGUGAUGGUGCUAGUGGUGGUAGAGGUGGUCGUGGUGGUGGUAGGGGUGGUGGGGGCCGUUUCAGUGAUAGAGAUAGUGGAGGGCGUUUUGGUGGUCGACAAGGCGGCGGACGUAGAGGUGGAGGUGGUUUCAGAGGACGUGGAACGCCAAAUAAACCAAACUUGGCCGCUGCUGGCACAGGAAAGAAAAAGAGAUUUGAUGAUGAUGAGUAAAGAGCAGAUAAGCAUAUGGAGAUGGGGCCUUUUCUUUGUUUUUAAGAUAUGUUUUUCCUAUUUUAUAGCAAUGACAUUUGAAAUACUGACAUGCUGCUACUUUGACAUUUGUGCUUGCUUAUUUUUUGUAUUGUUCGGGAAGUUGACUUCCAAAAUUUUGAACUAUUUUUUUCGUUGGAAUUGUGUUGUGAACUUGUGAUCCUUCA